AUCCUCAGCUACUUCACCACAGUGCAAACUACCUAGCGCUGCACCAACCAACCAGUAGUCAAUUAAGCAGCACAUGACCAUGGCGCCCAAGCAGCUCUCUACCGUUCUCCUCGCCGUCUGCGCCACCUUCCUGGCACUCGCCGCACCGUUGCUCGCCGGCGACCCGGACAUGCUACAGGAUUUCUGCGUCGCCGACUACAAAUCCCUCAACGGCCCAUUGCGGCUGAACGGGUUCCCGUGCAAGAGGCCGGAGAACGUUACGGCGGACGACUUCUUCUCGGCCGCGCUGGCACUCCCGGGCAACACCGGCAACCCGGUUGGCUCCGCCGUGACAGCGGCGAACGUGGAGAAGCUCCCGGGGCUCAACACGAUGGGCGUCUCCAUGUCCCGCGUGGACUACGCGCCAUGGGGCGUGAACCCGCCGCACACCCACCCACGCGCCACCGAGAUCAUCUAUGUGCUUGAGGGCUCCCUCGACGUCGGCUUCGUCACCACCGCCGGCAAGCUCUUCGCUCGCACCGUCUGCAAGGGUGAGCUUUUUGUCUUCCCCCGCGGCCUCUUACACUACCAGAAGAACAAUGGUGACGCGCCGGCCGCCGCCAUCUCGGCCUUCAACAGCCAGCUUCCGGGCACGCAGUCCCUCGCCCUAGCGUUGUUCGCAGCCUCACCACCGGUGCCCACGGAUGUGCUGGCCAGGGCGCUCCAGAUCGACGGCGGCCUGGUGGAGGCCAUCAAGUCUAAGUUCCCGCCAAUGUAACCAGCCAUGCAUGCAUGCUGUUUGUUGGGUCGGCUCUACGUGCGUACGUGCUGCUACUAAUAAUGAGGACCACGUAAAAGUGCAGUUUUAAUUCAUUUGCCUGACAUCCUAAAAAAAUCAUUUGCCUGAGAAUAUCUUUUGUGGCGGUGCAUGUUUAGUGAAUGGCCUCGUCGGUUGAACUGUUAUAAUUACUAGAACAUGAUAGCGCGCGUUGCCGCGCCCGCCCAAUUUUAGAAUGUAAUAAUCAAAGCUUUUGUAAAAAAAUGUACACUCUUGCCACA